CAGAUAUACAUACAUAUAUAUACACAAAACAUGACAAAUUUGGAAAGCAUCGGAUUGGACCCAAUGUCCGAUGAGUUCAAGUUCGAUCUAAAGACACUUGGCUCAUUGGUGGACGUUCCAAAGAAUCCGGAUUUGUUGAAAGAGAUUGGAGGCCCACAAGGAUUGGCCGACGGUCUGAAAUCCUCAUUGAAGGACGGUCUGCCCAACGAGCAGAACUCUACCGAGACAAACAGAGUCCAUAUUUACGGAAAGAACAUUCUACCACCUCCACCACAUACUCCAUUGUGGCGUAUUGUACUUGAUGCCUUGUCCGAUCAUAUUCUUAUCCUUUUGAUUGUUGCUGCCGUUGUGUCUAUCAUUCUGGGAGCAGUGCCAGCCACGUCGGAAGACCCAAAGAUUGCUUGGGUCGAUGGUGUUGCCAUUCUGGUGGCUGUCGUCAUCGUCGUCACGGUGACCUCUGUCAACGACUUUAAGAACCAGGCGCGUUUCCGUGACCUGAACGAGAAGACCAGCGACAAGCAAAUCAAGGCCAUUCGCUCGGGCGAGCAAUGCCAAGUGUCAAUCUUUGACGUGCGCGUCGGAGACAUUAUCACGUUGGACACGGGUGACAUUUUGUGCGCUGACGGUGUCUUUGUCGACGGCCACUCACUGACCUGCGACGAAUCAUCCAUCACCGGAGAGUCAGACCCCAUCAAGAAGGGCCACAUGGAGCAGGGCUUCGACCCGUUCUUCAUCUCGGGCAGUCAAGUGCUCGAGGGCUUUGGCAAGAUGAUGGUCACCGCCGUCGGUGUCAACUCAUUCAACGGCAAGACCAUGAUGUCGCUGCGUGUCGAGACUGAGGACACCCCACUGCAAGAGAAGCUGGGCAAGCUGGCCGACAACAUCGGCAAGUUUGGUCUGGCCGCCGCCGUGCUGCUGCUGCUCAUCGUCAUCCCCAAGUACUUCAUCGAGAAGAAGGUUCGCCAUGAGGACCUGCCCAAGUCGACCGCCUCAGACAUCACCAAGAUGAUCAUUGGUUCGAUCACAAUCGUCGUCGUUGCCGUGCCCGAGGGUCUGCCACUGGCCGUCACAAUGGCUCUGGCCUACGGUAUGAUGAAGAUGUACAAGGAGAACAAUCUCGUGCGUCACUUGGCCUCGUGUGAGACCAUGGGUUCCGCCACCAACAUCUGCUCCGACAAGACCGGCACACUCACCCAGAACGUCAUGACUGUCGUCACUGGCUGCAUUGGCCAGCGCUUCGAUGACUGCCCCGCCUACGCCGAUUACGCCAAGACCAACCUCAAGGAGAUGUCCACCAUCCUGGUCGAGGGUCUGGCCGUCAACUCCAACGCCUACGAAGGCAUGUCCACCAAGGGCAAGAUGGAGUUCAUCGGCUCCAAGACCGAGUGCGCCAUGCUCAACUUCACCAAGCUCUUUGACUGCGACUACCUCGAGGUCAGAAAGCGUCUCGAGGUCAUCGAGCUCUACCCCUUCUCAUCGGCCCGCAAGCGUAUGGGUGUCUUGGUUCGUCAGAACGAGCAGACACUGCGUUUCUACCAAAAGGGUGCCUCAGAGAUCAUCUUGGCUCAGUGCGACCGCUACAUCGACCCCAACGGACAGACACAGGCACUCACCCCCGAGAUCAAGGCCAUGUAUGAGGAGACUAUCGUGACAUUCGCCACUGAUGCCCUGCGUACCAUUGGUUUGGCCUAUCGCGACUUCUCAAACGACUGUGGCAUUGACUUCAAGGGCCAAGCCCCCGAGACCAACCUCAUCUUCAUCGGUGUGAUUGGAAUCAAGGACCCACUGAGACCCGAGGUGCCAGGCGCCGUUGCCCAAUGCAAGCGUGCCGGUAUCACCGUCAGAAUGGUCACUGGAGACAACAUCAUCACCGCCACCAACAUUGCCAAGAACUGUGGUAUCCUCACCGAGGGAGGCAUCUGCAUGGAGGGUCCAGUCUUCCGUAACCUGCCCCAGGAUGAGAUGGACGCCAUCAUUCCACGCCUUCAAGUGCUUGCUCGUUCAUCGCCAACCGACAAGCAGCUGCUCGUCGGCCGUCUAAAGGAUCUGGGUGAGGUCGUCGCCGUCACUGGUGAUGGAACCAACGAUGGUCCCGCACUCAAGUUGGCCAACGUCGGUUUCUCCAUGGGUAUCGCCGGUACUGAGGUCGCCAUUGCCGCCUCUGAUGUCGUGUUGCUCGACGACAACUUUGCCUCUAUUGUCCGUGCCGUCAUCUGGGGUCGUAACAUCUACGACGCUAUCUGCAAGUUCCUUCAAUUCCAGCUCACUGUCAACGUUGUGGCCGUCACUGUCGCCUUUGUCGGUACAAUCACCAGUGGCUCUCACUCACCUCUCACCGCCGUCCAGCUGCUCUGGGUCAACCUUAUCAUGGACACCCUCGCUGCCCUUGCCCUGGCCACCGAGCCACCCACUCCAGAGCUGCUCGACCGACCACCCACUGGAAAGAACGCACCACUCAUCACUCGUGGCAUGUGGAAGAACAUCAUUGGACAUUCUGUGCUGCAGCUCAUCAUCCUAUUCGUUCUGCUCUACAAGGGAGACAAGAUCUACGAGAACUUUGUCGACUUCCCAAUCGUGUACUCAGAGCGUCACCACUACACAAUCGUCUUCAACACAUUCGUCUUCUUGCAGCUCUUCAACGAGAUCAACAGUCGUGUGCUGGGCAACCGUCUCAACCCAUUCACCAACUUCUUCAACAACCCAAUCUUUGUCAUUGUGUUGGUUGCCACAUUCAUCAUUCAGGUGCUCUUUGUCACAUUUGGAGACGACGCUACAUCUACCGCCAGACUCAACAUCACAGAGUGGGUGGCAUGUAUCAUCACAGGCGCCUUUGAGCUUGUCUGGGGUCUCAUCCUUCGUAUGAUCCCCAUCAAGGAGCCACCCGUCCAGAAGGUCAUCCCAGAGAAGUCCGAGACCGUCUACACUCCACCCGUCGACACCGCCAAGCCACACGACGUCACACUUACCACCACCACGGCCGCUGUUGCUGCCUCAGAGAUCGAGCCCAUCCUCGAGUCAUCCAAGAUCACUCUGGACAAGAACACCGACGGAUACAUCCCACUGCCCGUGGGCGUGCCCAUUGACGGCGAGGACAAUCAAACCACCACAACCACAACCACCACGACCACCUCGACCGAGCCAAGCGAGGGUGGCGCCAACCAGAAGAAGGGAUGGGAUCUCAUUCGCGAGACUCCACAAAAGAUCCGCGUGGUCAACGCCUUCAAGUCAUACCGUCGUCCAGAGCGCGAGGUGGAGGAUCCAAUCGAGGUUGGACGUGGCUGGAAGCUCGUCAGACAGACACACCAAAAGAUCAGAGUACUCAAUGCCUUCCAGAGCUACGAGAAGCCAAACGAAUCUUCACUCAUUGACGUUGUUCGUCAUCCAACCAGACAGUCGAUAUACCUU